AUGCUGCCCGACGAGCUACUCGACCAGCUGAGGGCUACAUUUCCUUGUCGCGAGCUGCAGCUGCAACAGCUUGCCGCGUUGUACUCUCAAUCGCUACCAUUCCCGCCUUUGCUUGUUGCUCACGGCCUACCUUGUACCGGAAAAUCGGCUCUUAUCAAGGCCUUCCUCGAAGCCGCAUCAUUACCACAUGUCAUUGUCAACUGCCGCGAAUGCAUUACAGGAAGACAUCUAUUAGAGCGCACCGUGGGUGGUUGCCUGGAUGCCUUGGAUGCGACCGGAGACGGGAAGAUGGACAGAAGACCCUACUCUCGGACGGAGAACCUGAGCAGUCUGGUGGUCAAUUUACAAAAGAUGCUCGAAGGAAGAAGAGAUAAAUUCAUAGUGGUUUUUGAUGGGAUAGACGCACAGCGUGAGGCGCCUCCUACUCUGCUUCCGGCGCUGACGAGGUUCGGCGAAAUUAUAUCUAACUUGUCCGUUAUAAUGAUAACGACACUGCCACCCUCACUGCUCCAUAAACCGGGCAUACCGCACUUGAACUUUCCCGCAUACACACGUCAGGACCUCAUAACUAUCCUUUCCGCGUCACCUCCGAAAAUCUUCUUCACUACACCCUCUUCCGAACAGUUUCCAGACUAUACUCCGGACCUGGCAGCGGAAGACGAUGCCUGGCUCUGGAACCGCUUCCUGACUGCCGUUUGGGAGAGUAUCUCGAAGCACACCGGCCGGGACCUCGUCAGCUUCCGCAAUACGAGUCUCCGCCUCUGGCGCGAAUUCGUCGCCCCUAUAGUCGAUGGCACAUUCGGUACGCGGGACUUCUCCCGGCUGAUGGUAAACAGGCGCCAUCUGUUCCAGACAGAGGAUGCUGUCCUAGACCGCAUAAUCAAGAAGACCGCGAACAAUACAGCUGUGGCCAAGCGAAAGACCAUCCAACACGACCUUCCGUACUAUACCACUCACCUGCUCAUAUCUGCCUACCUGGCCAGCUACAACCCCUCCCGCACUGACACCACCUACUUCAUGAAGCACAGCGACAAGCGCAAAAAUAAGCGUAAAGUCUGCUCCCACUCCGGAAUAACAAAGUCCAAGCACAGACGCAUACCCAGACAUCUUCUCACGCCAUCACCCUUUCCGCUAGACAGAUUGUUGGCGAUUUUUAGGAGUUUGUUAGAUGCGCCUGUGCCGCAACUUGCGGAUAUUUAUACCCAGAUUGCUACGUUGACGAGUAUGCGACUGUUGGUUAGAGUGGGAGGCAUGGUUGGAGCGGAUCCGCUCGACGCGAGUGCGAGGUGGAGGGUUAAUUUCGGGUGGGAGUGGGUGAGGAGUUUGGGGCGGAGUGUGGGGAUUGAGGUGGGCGAGUAUUUGGUUGGCGGAGUGGAUGGUUAG